UUUACACCUUUUUUUCCAGCCUGAAACAAAUAGAAGCUGAGACUGCACGUCGCGAGGACUUCAUCAAGGAAGCCGCGAAGCCUCUCGCGCGUAUGAAGGGAGACAGAGACCUCGAGAGAAGUCUCAAGGAGAUUGAGCGAGACGGAGACCCCAUGCUCGCUUACAUCAGGGACAAGAAGAGAGAGAGGGGAGAUCUUGGACCAGAAAAACCCACAUACAAAGGUAGCUUCCCUCCGAACCGUUUCAAUAUUCGUCCAGGCUACCGCUGGGACGGCGUCGACCGCUCCAACGGCUACGAAAAGAAGUUCUUUGAAAACCAAAGCAAGAGGAAAGCUCAGGAAGAAGAAGCUUACAAAUGGAGUACCGAAGACUUGUAAUGAUUCAUCAGCAGGUCAUUUAGUCUCCACUCCAGGAGCACGACUCUAAUUUAGAAGCAAA